GGGUAAUCAAAAUCAAGGAGAGACCAGCACCCCCGUUCUCUCUCUCAAUUUGACAAACCAAAAAACUCCAAUAUCAUAUCAUCCUUUAUCUGGUUCCGUUUCUACUUUCUAAUCCCUUCUUUGAUUCUUCUCUCCUCCAAAGAUUUAUGGAUCUAAAGGCACAGCUAGACAGGUUCAAUAAACAGCAAGAACGAUGCCAAUCCACUCUCUCCAGCAUCAAUGCUUCCCGAGCAGCUCCUUCCAGACCCUCCCCCUCUGUCCCUGCUGCCACCAGCCUCAAGCCUACUCCUCCUGUCAAAUUCUCUAACGACACCGAGCGCCUUCAGUUUAUCAACAGCAUCAGGAAAGGUCCUGUUGGUGCUCAAAUCAAGCGUGUCAUUGAGCUUCUCUUUGAGACAAGGCAAGCCUUUACACCGGAGCAGAUUAACGAACGCUGUUAUGUUGAUAUGCUUUCCAAUAAAGCUGUCUUUGAUAGUCUCAGGAACAAUCCCAAAGUUUAUUAUGAUGGAAGGAGGUUCUCUUACAAGGCUAAGCAUGAUGUCAAAGACAAGAACCAGCUUCUCUCCCUGAUAAAGAAAUACCCUGCUGGGAUUGCGGCUGUAGAUCUCAAAGACGCUUACCCUAAUGUCAUGGAUGAUCUACAGGCUUUGAAAGCUUCAAAACACAUAUGGUUCCUCUCAAACGCGGAUUCACAAGAGGACAUUGCGUACCCAAACGACUUCAAGGGACAGAUUGAGGUUGAUGACGAGUUCAAAUCUCUGUUCCGUGACAUAGACAUUCCCAGCGACCUUCUUGAUGUGGAGAAGGAGCUGCAGAAGAUUGGUUUGAAGCCUGUGAUGAACACUGCGCAGAGGAGAGCUGCUGCACAGAUCCAAGGCGUAUCUAAUAAACCCAAGCAGAAGAAGAAGAAACAAGAGAUCAGCAAGAGAACCAAACUCACCAACGCACAUCUUCCCGAGCUCUUUCAGAACCUCAACGCCAGCAGUUCCAGAAACUAAACCUCAUGAAUGCAAUUGGGAUGGAGCCCCAGUUUAUUUCUUAUGAUUCGACAUAAUUUACAUAGAACAAAAGCAAUUUGUGUUGAUGUAUGAGUUUACAAUAGUUUUCAUGUAUUCCAGCAGAAAAAAAAAACUCAUCCAUAUGUAAACGAGAAGAUACUUUGCAAUGUUAAUGGCGUCUUAAAUCAGGAGUGUAUUACUGUGGUUAUUAUACUCAGCAAAGAGCAUUAGUAAGAUACAUUUUGUACUAUAUCAGCUAGAAUUGAGGUGUAACUAUGUUUAAGGUAAUGCCCCAUUUAUCAAGCACAA